CCUGCAUUUCUAGGUUUUUAAAACUAAGCUUUAGUUUCCGGAAUCGUACCCCAUAUUAUACAAAAUAUAUUUGAUCGUUGUUAACUUUAUUUUAAAGCUGGCCAAAACUUUAAAGGCAUCCCCAAUUCUGUCAGAUUGAGGAAAAAUUGUUAACGGAAAUUAAUAUCUCGACAAUUCCUCUAAAUUUAUCAUUUUACUGCCCAGAAAACCUUUUUUGAGUAAUGUCCCCUUCUAUUUGCUGCAGGUGCAACGAGAAGAUUUUAAACCGGGCAGUUUGCAGCUUGGGCAAGGCUUACCAUCCGCACCACUUCACCUGCAAGGAAUGCGGUCUGGUGGUGGAUCGAUGCCUGUUCUUUGCGGUGGAGGACGACGUGGUCUGCAGAGAGUGCUAUUUGGGCAACCAUGCCGCCCGGUGCUCCGCCUGCCGGACUCCAAUUCUAGAGCGUGGCGUGGCCGCCAUGGGGCGCAAGUGGCACGAAAAGUGUUUUCGGUGCGUGAGCUGCAGCAAACCGCUGAUCUCGGCGUCCUUUUUCGAUAUUAAUGGAUACCUCUUCUGCAAGUCACACUUCCGGGAACAGUUUUCGUCCCGCUGUGCCAGCUGUGCGAAGCCCAUCGAUAGACAAGCUGUGGUUGCGUUGAGCACCAAAUGGCAUGCGGAGUGUUUCAUCUGCUUCAUUUGUCGCCAAAGGAUCACCACCGGUGAAUUUAAGAUCCAUGAAGGACGACCCAUCUGCAUGGCCUGUAAACCCUUGGUCUUAAGCCCUUAAAAUUUGUGUGCCUUAUAAAUGUCUAACUGUCGA